AUGCCGCUUCGUGCACCCACCUCUGCAGCGCUGCUGCUGCUGCCUCUGCCCCCACUGCUGGCAUUGCUGCUGGGGGCUGCCUCUUCAGCUCCCCUGAUGCCCAGACCCUCCAGGGAGGAGCUAACCCGCUGUCUAGCAGAGGUGAUCAUGGAGGUGCUGACACUGGGCCAGGCCCAGCGAGGCCCCUGCACAGCUCUGCUCCACAAAGAGAUAUCCGAGACAGAGCCCCACAGCUGUGUGUCCCCUGAGGAGGAGAAGUUGCUGGGUGAGGACUUCAACAAGCAGGAGUCUGGAAAGAUGAGGUCCAGCCAGGAGAUAAGGGAUGAAGAAGAGGAGGAAGAAGCAGAGAGGACCCACAAGGCUGAGGUGCGGGAACAGGCGGUCCACACGCAGCUCCACAGCCAGCUUCACCAGGAGAAGGAGGAAGAGGAGGAAAGGGAGGAAGAGGAGAAGAGCGUGCCAGGGAAGACCUCCGAACAUAUGUGGAAGCAACAUCCAGAGGGUGCUGGAGGCCUCCAGAAACGUGUGGCUGAGAAGGGCAGCGAUGAGGAGAUGGCCCAGUUUCAGGCGGAGAAGGGCGUGCAGCUUCUGGGCAGAGGCCGAAAUCUGUGGCAGGGGGCCGGGAGGGUCGGAGGAGGGAGGCAUGAAGAGUCCUUGAAGCAUCACCACCACCUGGACCAGCCGGGCGCCAAGGCCAAGCAGGAGGAAGAGGCAGAGGAGGGAGAGGCUUUGGAGCAGGAGGAACACGAUGUGGAGCGGCUGGAGCGCAUGCAGGAGCAGUUAAAGAAGGCUACCGCCAUGCUAGGGGAGGCUCUCGGGAGGGAAGGCUGACCCCACUCCACCCCUUCCCCACACUCCCUAAGGCUCAGGACUGUUGACCUCAGAGCCCCCCUUUCACCGGGCAUCCUGCUCCACUUCCAACUGGCAGGGACUGGAAGCGAGGACAUGCCUGAGAACCAGGCCUGAGAAGCAAGCCUAUGGGCAGGGGCUAGGUUCCGGCUGACUCAGGACCCCGCCCCACCCCUCCAUCCCUCUGAGUGAAUAAAGCACAAAGCAAA